AUGGCCACCGGGCGCGCUGCGCUGGGGCUGCUGCUCCUCGGAGCGGUCGGGGCCCUUCCGCAGAAACAAGACUUGUGUGCACCCAGCUUCUAUCACAAUGAGUCUUCUGGGAGAUGCUGCUACCACUGUCCCUCAGAUCAGGUGCCUCGAAAGUCAUGUCCCCAAGGGCCUCAAGACUGCAGAAAGAAGUGUAAUCCAGACUAUUACUUGGAAGAUAAGCGGACAUCCCGCUGCCUGGCCUGUGUUAGCUGCUCAGAAGGUGACCUUGUGGAGAAGAUUCCGUGUACCUGGAACUCCCCUCGGGUCUGUAAAUGCCAGGAUGGUAUGUUCUGUGCCACAGCAGUCAGGUACACCUGUGCCCGUUGUGUGAAACACUCCCUGUGCCCACCGGAGGCCAGAGUCAAACACCAAGGCACCUUGGAGAAGGACACUGUCUGUGAACCCUGCCCUCCUGGGACCUUUUCCAACUUUAGCUCCAAUGCCAAAGAUUGUCUGCCUAACCCCAGGGUGUCCUCAGGAUCACCAAUCUUCAUCAUCAGCUUACACACGCUCUCUCCCACUGCCAGGAUCACAAAUAUUACAGAGCCUUCCAACACCACAACCGAUUGGAGUCUAACCCAAGACACUGAGACUGUUUCGCCAUCUCUCACUGGAAGACCCAAUCCAGGUAAUUCCUUGUUUCUGAUGGAGUAG